AGCGUUCCGCUAGAUUUGCCUGUGGACUUCAUGGCAGUCAGACCAACUGUAAACCACUCUGCUUGGUCCUUGUUUCCGCGACACUGAGCGUAGGUAUGAACGCUGAGGCGAGUGUCACAUCACUGUUUCCACCAGAGUGUAUGCGCUGCGGGCAGAGGCAUAUUUCUCGUUUUCCCACGCAGUGAGUGUUACUAAAAGCAACGUGAACUUGGUAUUAACAUCAUUUUACGUACAGCACAACAGAAUCCCCCCGCGGAUUAAACCUCAUCGGUCAGGGCGGCACUGCUGUUUUUUGUUUUUACUCCAAGGACAAGCCGUGUUUUAUUACAUCUGAAUCCCGGAGGGUAUACUGUAGCCUUUGGAAAUGAAAGAGGGAAAAGGAUGAUCUUGUGCACUAUGUAGACAUGAAAGGAACAAGGAGCAUGUGAAGAUGUCCCAGAAGGCAACUAAAACAUGGUGGCUUAGGCUUCUCCCAGUUCUCCUCUUCUUCAUCUCCUUUGUCACAUACUACUGUUCCUAUGUCAUACUUCAGAGCUAUGGAGGCACCAGCAAGUCUCUGAACAGUAGCAAGUCGCUGUGUGGUGGCUGGCUAACUCAGAAGAAGUGGGAGAGCCUUAACUUUAACAUUAGCAGACAAACACAGCUCUUUCUGAAACUGGAGGAUUUCUUCUGGCGAGAGCAUCUGUCAAAGCUGGCGUUACCUUAUGGCAUUAAGGGCAGUGAGCUGCAACUACUGAAAGUUCUCGCUGUAACUGCAAACUAUCAGGUGCCAGCCAACAUUGAAAACCUUGAAUGCAGAACCUGUGUAGUCAUAGGCAAUGGCUUUGCCAUUAAAAACAGUUCCCUGGGAAAAAUCAUCAACAAAUAUGACGUGGUCAUUCGGUUGAAUGAUGCUCCAGUGAGGGGCUAUGAGGAGGACGUGGGAAACAAGACCACCAUGAGGUUCUUCUACCCUGAAUCGGCCUCCUACAAUCCCGGCCUGCACAAUGAGCCCGGCACACUCAUGGUCCUGGUGCCUUUCAAACAGCAAGACCUACGGUGGCUCAAAGAGAUCCUCUAUAAUGAGAAGAGGAUCAGGAAAGGCUUUUGGAAGCCCCCUCCCCAAAUCUGGUUGGCUGAUGCCAGUAAAAUCAGAGUGCUGGACCCCCACUUUCUUCAUCAGACAGCAGAGAGACUGUUAAGGAUCCCUCUGCAUCCCAAGAGUAAACAGAAUCCAGUACAUCCUACCACGGGUAUCCUUGCUGUGUUUGUCGCUCUCAACUACUGUGAUGUGGUCCACAUAGCUGGUUUUGGAUAUCCAACCUCAAAGACCCAAAGGCAGCCUAUCCAUUACUAUGGAUAUGACACCAUGAAAUCUAUGAAGAAUUCUUAUCAUGACCUCAAUCAUGAAGCUGAAGCCUUAAGAAGACUGGAGGAUUCAGGUGCCAUUUUCUACCUGCAUCCACAUUUAUGAUGCACAUACAGCACACAACACUGUUCCAGUUUGAUUUAAUCCAAAAAAUGAUUUAACACCCAAAUCUCAUUUAAAUUGGUUUGGGUCAUCUGAUCUUAAUGUGCCUUCUGCAGUGGGAUACAAGAGAUUUUGCUGGUGCUUUGAGUCAUCAUGUGGUGACACAACUAGCCCCGAUCGAGCUGUGAAGAGUGUUUACCUCUGUGGCACCUUAUGUUUUGUUGAACUGAAAGACAUAAAAAGUGGUUUAAACUGUUUAUUUUAAUAGUGCUCCAUUGAUUUCUGAAGUGGUGUGAUGUUUUUAUAAUGCGGCUCUGCAUUUUGUGUCACUUUAUUGAAGUUUGUAUCUUUUAUGAAUCACAACUUCAAAAGUCAAUUCACAGUACAAUCAACUAUUCACAUGGUAACUCAGAUAUCUGUUUGUUGCAGCUCCUACAAGCCAGUGAAGUCUGAUUACAUCAGAUCUUGGAUAAUUAGAAUGCUUUGAUGUUGUUUUUAGGACCAUGUAAUGGCACCAGUUUAUACAGCAUAUGAGCAUUUCAGAUCUAUAGCUCGAAUGGGUUUUUCUUUUUUGUCCAGAGAUUUUAUGCUCAUCAGUAAGCUGCAAAACAAAUCAGUCUUAUUUCUUUCCACUCAUUAUGGUGUGCGUCUCAUUUUCAGAUUCAGAUUGGUCAUAUGUUUUACAAUAAGAGGGCUGUCAGAAUUGAUGAGGGAUGUUUUUAACUACACUUAAAAUGUACAUUUUAAACAAAAAUGAAUUGAUCACAAACCUGAUUCUUGCCGUUACUUCUUGGACUGGAAAUACUACUUGUAUUUUGCUAAUUUGCUAGAGUUUUAAUUACAUUUUCCAGACAAUUGUAUCUGUUUUUUAAUUUAUUCUUUUUUUUUUCACAAACAAUACCGGUUAAUGGUACCACUGGAUAUUUUGUAUUGUACAGAAUUAAAUACAUUUUUAAUUAAAAGGAAA